AAUUAUUAAUAAUGACCAUGUGACUUUGAGAUAAUUUUAAACUUGGCAGAGAUCCAUUGACAUCAGUUAGAUGUUUGCACAAAUUUUGGUUGUUUGUGGUGAUAUAACUAUACCAAAUAAGUGAUUUAAUUUGGAUUAAAUGCCAUCUAUCAUGAGUAAUCUACCUCAUGUGAAGUCGAGUAUGAUUACAGAAGUACCUCUCGGAAGUACUGCGGUUUUGAACUGCAAUAGCAAUGACUAUGAACAUAAUUUUAUGUUCUGGCUGUUUGACAAAAAUACAGUAAUUGGUCCAGGGAAUAAUCAUGAUGAGAAGAAGUUCAAAUAUGAAGUUUUAUCAGGACGGCUUCACAUUGAUAAGGUAUCACCAGCUGAGUCCGGUUAUUACAAAUGCGUUUCCAAGACCCUUGAUGGAUCUGGAAUAUCUGUUGGUGAAGUUGAAAUGAUAGUCAAAGGAUCAACAUUCUCAUCCAUGGAUGCUGUGAAAUUGGUUGCCAUUAUUAUAUCAAUCCUUGUGAUUAUAGCCUGUGCUGUAAUUUAUUAUAGGUUGAAGAAACAGUGGAAGCAGUAUGAUGGUAGAAAAGUUGUACCAGUGGAUGAUGAUGAAGAUGAAGACGGCGAUGAAAUUUACAAUCGUACAACCACAACAAUGCCUGAACCUGUUGCCGGUCCCAGUAGGAAUCCAUCAUCAGAACAACUUUUGUAUGGUAUAGAUAAUCAAGGUUUGGAUACUGAUUUUAAUUCAGUGUUUGAAAAUAUCCAGAUAAAAUCACCACAAGCCAGCCUAAUAUAGUUUUAUGAAUUAUUUCUCUCAUAUAGUCUAAAUUAGGGAUGCAUCAAUUCGCCUUUUUGCCGAUAUGUACUUAUAUAGACGAUACCGAUACCAUCGCUUAUUGAAUUAAAAUUAAAUUAGUUAAAAUAUAUAAAGUUUGGUUUAAAGUUUUUGAUUAUUACUAAAAAUAUAAACACAAUGCAUUAGACCAAACAAGAUGCGCGUUUGCAUUAAUUUUUAAAGCGCGAAAUUUGAAAAGGAUAUUUGUAUCGGCAAUUAAAAUAUUUCCGGUAUUGGAUGCAUCCCUAGUCUUUGCAUUAUCUUUGCAACAUUGCCUGUUUAACUGAUCAUGACAUAUAACAUAGAAUUAUAUUAGCAUAAUAUUGUUCUCUCAGAAGUAUAGUCUUUAAAAUUGUAAUUACUUAAUUUUAUUAGCAGUAAGAAAUAGAUGUGAUAUAUUUUAUUUAAUUUUGUAUUGUAAUAAUUGAAAUUAUAAAUAAAAACAUUUAUGUAUUACUCUA